AUAGAGCACAGGGAGCGCCGCUGUUUGAAAGUACUCCGGAAAUAGGUAGCCAGCGUCGCAACCGAGUUGAGAAGACGAUAGCACCAUGCAGUAAAAUUGUGGAAGGGUGCUUAAAUAAGUGGAAUGUACUUCGCUUACUGAUUGAGAAAACACAGUGGACAACUUGAGGUCGGAUGGAAACGAGAAGCUCUUUCGUUUUUUCGUUUGUUUACAAACUAACAUGACUGCUAAGCUAUGUAGCUAACGUUUGCUUGCUAAUUUGAUGAGUGUAACGUAUACACGAAGCUAGCCUUUAGAGAGGCUGCUUACUAAGUAUAAUUUACUGUCGUGAUGCAUGGACAGUGACGCUUUUGUUUCGUUGAACUGUAAGACCGUUAAUAUUAAUAGGUGCCUCGAGAAAAUGAUUUAGAGAUUUGAGAAAACUGAUUGAAUUAGAAAGGGCUGGGUUAAAAGGCAGGACUGUUUCCUGUGUACUUUGUUCAUUAAUGGUGGGCAAAGGGAAUAGUGUUAGAGAGCAUUAAUAGUGCAAUUCUUCGAAGGAAUUACUUUAAAAUAUGAACGUCAUGGAGAAAAAUGUGAUGCGUUUAGCGGCUGUUCAGCACCUCCGCACUGUUUAUGGAAUAAAGAUAAAGAACUGGAACAAAAACAAAGCAACCAGCUGCAAGUCAACAGCCAGCCAUUUGCAAAAAGUUUUUGGUGUACCGCUGGACAGUUUGCCAUGCUACAAUAUGGAAUGUGGACGUGUGCCAAGUUUUCUGGUUGAUGCUUGCAUGAAACUGCUUGCACAUGUUGAAACAGAAGGUCUGUUCAGAAAAUCGGGUUCUGUUGUACGCCUGAAAGAACUCAGGGCUAAACUCGAUGCAGGAGAAGAGUGUCUGCCAACAGCUCGUCCCUGUGAUGUCGCAGGUUUGGUGAAGCAGUUUUUCAGGGAGCUCCCAGAGCCCAUUCUGCCCACAGAGCUGCAGGAUGCCUUUUUCAAGGUCCAGCAGCUGCCCUCUGCGGAGGAGAGAACUUCUGCCACCAUGCUGCUGUCUUGUGUGCUGCCAGACAAAAACACUUGUGUACUGCGUCACUUUUUUGACUUCCUUCACAGUGUAUCCCAGAGAAGUGCAGAGAAUAAAAUGGAUAGCGGCAACUUAUCUGUGAUUCUGGCCCCAAACCUCCUUCACUGUGGAGACGGAACAGAGAAGAUGAACGCAAACACGGAAAAGCGCCUUAAAUUACAGGCAGCCAUUGUGCACUGCUUUAUAGAGAAUGCCCAAAACUUCGGUCUCCUACCUCAGUUUCUUCAAGAGAAAGUUCCUGCCAUGAUGGGUUGUGAGCCAAGGGUUCAAUCGCCCUCUCAGGAAGAACUAGAAGAGGUGAACUUAAACUCAGGGAUGAAGAAAAAAAACAGACGAAGCUUUGGAGAUAUGGUCUGUGGUGCACUGAAUAAGAUAAAAACUAGUAGAACUCCCACAAAUAUCAGCCAGCCAGAAGGUCUUGUGUUUUCUUCUACAACUCCAGUAAUAGCAACACCAUCCUCAAAGAGAAAACUUCCACUGGACCCUCUUAACUCAUUUGGAUUUUCAAACAAGAAGCGUCGAUCUGUCAAAAAGAAUCUUGGGUUUGAACUUCUCCCGAGCUCUUUGUUCAACGGGACCUCCACUCCUGGUUCAGCCUGCAGUUCUUCAGGAGCUCUGGAUUCGUCCCAAAAUACCUUUUUGUCGGCAGGGAGGUUGAAAAGGCAACCAUCUACCUCUACAAGAAGGAAGAGUAAACGAUUUAGCCACAGGCAUAUUGUCAGCAGGGUUGAAUCUGGAAGAGCUGGCUGCUUUUCUCCUAAAGUCACCAAAAAAGAAGCUCCACUUAAAUCUCUGCGCCUGCGUUUCAGUCUGGGGAAGAGCAACAAAGACUCUGGGUCUGGGUCCAUCGGCUUGCGUCUUGCCACUCAGGAGAGCACCAGCGGUUUCAUUUUCAACAAAGAGAUGUACUUUACCCCAUCAAAUUUGGCCAGAAAAACUGAAUCCAAGAGUUCAAAAUACAUCAGCAAGUCAGAAGAUAACUUGCUGACCCCCCAGUGUGAUUCGAGUGCCCACCAGGCCUCAUGGAUUGUGGAAACUCCUGUGGGAGCACAAGCUUUGGACAGAGGGUCUUUCACAGACACUCCAUUGACCACUGCCCUCAAGGGCAGCUACAUGUCUGAGCCAGCAAUCGUUGCUUCCACGCUGUCACCAGCAAAUAUUUUUCCCAAGAAGCUGUGCUGCGCUUCCAGCUCAGAGAGCCUGGAAAGCACGCGCUUUGUCACUGAACAGCUGAGACAAAAUGAUCCAGCUGUAAAUAUCCAGAAUGAUGCCAGAGAGCCGGAGAGUGACCUCCCGGCUUCCAAACGGGGCUUCUGCAGCUCAGUUGGAGAAAGUGGGAUUAAAUUAUCAGCAAAUGUUUCUGCUACUCUAACCUCAGCCUUUGAAAUGAAUACCUUCUGCCCACCAGCUCAAGCUGAUGAACAAAAUGUUACUUUUGGUCAAUUUAAUUUUGAAGCGCUCACUCCUUUGCAUAUUGAUAGUGGUGUGUUUGAGUCUAGUCCACACUGUAGUCCAGUAGUCAACAAAGGUUUAUCUCCUUCCUUUGGUCACUGUAGCAAUUCCAUGUUGGGGUCAAUUGAGAGAGUUCCACAGCAGAUGAACUGCAGCAGGCUUAUUGAUGCUUUGGACAUGCAGAGUCCUGCUCAUUUCACACUGGCUGUCUCCUCCGGGCUCCAAUCCACUCCCUACAAGCCAGGUGUUGAACUCGAUGAUGAACCCAAUAUGCCAAACAAAACUGAAACGUUAGGAAGCAAAUCACAUGAGGCGUUGAACAUUUCCCCAGAAAGUGGAGCUAAAGUCAAACACCAGCCAGCCCUCUCACCAGAUGGCCGGCAGACCCAAAAGCGUCGAGUUCUAGAUCACAUUCAACACUUCAACAAACUCACCCUUUACUCUCCUUCAAGCUCAAAGAACAAGCAAAUGAAAUCUCCCAUGAAGUUCCAGCGCACCCCUGUGCGACUGACUGUACGUAGGAUCAACUCUUUGACGGGAGAGAGCAGAAAACCCAGUAAACUCCCAGAACUCACUGCUUACCAGGCUGAUCAUGUGAUGAAGGCUGUGAGUCUAGAGAGCGGUCUCUCGCCUCAUCCGCAGCUCCGGCCACAAGUAGGGCGCUCCAACAGCACUGCUCCCGCAAAGAAACCCCCUCCUGUCCCACCAAAAAGACUCGGCACCUUGCCCCGAAAACUCAAGCCUUGCGCCUUGGGCGACAUGACCAACAAAGUUCAACCAAAACCCAAAGUGGAGUCUGAACCAUCAGCUGCCCAGAAACCAAUCAUUAUGCAGCAGGUUGCAGCAGAGAACACGAGCCAUUAUAGAGGUUCUCCAAGAAACCCUCUCAACCAUAGCCAACUUCUGUCUGCUACAAAACCCGUCGACUUGUAGGAGACUGCCUUUUUCUCUCUUUUUUUUGCUAUGUGGGUUUCUUUACCCCAAGACAUUAAACAUUCCGACAUGUUUACCUUAAGCUCUAAUUUAUGUUAACUGUGUUUGUGUUGUUUUACGAGCCUAUUGGGAGACGUUCAGAUGCCUUAAGUUAAAUAUCAACAUAUCACUCUGUAUGGUUGCAUGUUAAGUGUGUAGAUCACAAAGUGCAGGAUAAAUUAGGUAAAAGGUUGAUAGCUGGUGGUGUGAAUGGAGAUAUGGAUGUUACGCUUUUAUUUAAAAACCUUGAAGGAUCUCUUUGUUUCUUAGGGAGCUAAAGAAAUAGCUGAAUAUAUUCUUUUCAUUGAAAGAAGAGAGAGAAACCCUUGUUUUGCUGAAUUUAAAGAGGGAUAAAAAGCCUAACAGUGUUUAUAAAUCUGUAUGCUUUGGUUUUAUUUUAUUUUAUUUUAUUUGCUUUGCUUUUUGUCAGCACUGUGAAAUGCUCCAGACAAAUAAAAACGGCUUCAUACUUGUGAA